GAGUUACUGCAGGGAGAUUUCGACUGGGACAGCCGGACCUGGGGAUAUCUGAUUUACGGAGGACAUCGCGGAGGUGCACCGGUGCCUUUCUCUCCACUUGCACUUCUUAUUCGUGCACAGGGUAGAGCGAGUCACAGAGAGUUACAGCAGAGGAAAGCACAAGCGGACCUGGGCACUGUUGGUUAAACCUGCUCCCGCAUGAUAAAACAGGGAAUUCGUUACCCCGAGGGCUACCCGGAGCUUACGGGGCGACCCUCACCGGACAACCGUCAGAAGAUGAUGGGGACAGAGGCGACCCGGAGUGGAUACCGUUUUCUGCCUCUUUUUCUCCUUCUUCUUCUCAGCAGCAGCUGCCACAUGUUGCACGGCCAAGAGGUGGCUCCCUACCUGCAAGGAGGUGGACUGGGGCAGCAGGUGGUGUUGGAGGGAAACAGACUGGUGCUGACCUGCCUAGCUGGAGGCAGCUGGCCUCUGCAGUACCGCUGGACUCUCAACAACAGCAACAUCACAGACUGGACACCACAGUACAGAUUGUCUUUGCCGUCUCUGAAGAGGACUGAUGCUGGACUGUAUCAGUGUAUGGUGAGGAACAGGAUGGGAGCAGUCAUACACAGGAGGGCAGAGGUGCAGGUGGCCUUUUUGGGGAUCUUUUCCACUGAUGAGCAGAGGAAGACGGUGACUCAGGGCCGAGCAGCCGUCAUCAGCCAGCCUCCCCUCGCCUCCUUCCCUCGACCCCUGGUCACAUGGUAUAAAGAUGGAAACAAGAUAAUCCCCAACAACCUAAUAACAAUCACCUUGGACAAUCAGCUGGUCGUCCUGGCAACCACUGCAGCAGACGCGGGACGUUACCACGUAGAGGCGGUGAACGAGAUGACUGGAGAGAAUGUGACAAGUUCCGCCAUCUACCUGAGCAUCUCAGAUCCUGAAUCAGAACUUGUGCCUCCUGCCAUUGUGAUCGGACCCAAAGACACAACAGUGGUAGCAGGCAGUGAAGCAACACUGGAGUGCAUUGCUAAUGCCAGACCGGCGGAUAGUCUUGUGGUGUCAUGGAAACGUGAUGGCCGUCGACUGGCCGGUGGGCGUCGGCUCAUUUUCCCGGCCCCUACCUCUUUUGACACGGGGUUGUAUGUUUGUGAAGCAAUGCUUAGCAACAGCACUGCUAAACCUGUGGAGGCACGGGCACAACUCACUGUAAUGGAUCCACCUUUUCUAACUGCUCAACCUAAGAGGAAGAUCAUUGCAGACCUCGACAGGAAUGUGGAUAUCCCCUGCCUGGCUGCAGGCGUGCCCCAGCCCAGGAUAGAGUGGUUUAAGGACGCGGUGCCUCUUUCCAAACUGGCCAACCCCCGCUACAAAAUCAUCUCAGCAACCGGGCUGACUGUGCGCCGGGUGCAGCCAGGAGACGGAGGAAUAUUCCAGUGCCUCGCUCGCAACGCUGCUGGAGAGACACAAGCACACACACAACUCCUUGUCUCCAGUGUGGCCCCCACCUUUACAUUCCCUCCGUCUGAUCAAACAGUAACUGAAGGGAACACAGCCCUGUUUACCUGCCAGACUAGCGGCGCUCCAAAACCUGCGAUCACCUGGAGAAAAGGCUCACAGGUUUUAGCUAGCGGCUCAAUGCAGGUUCCCAGGUUCACACUUUUGCAGUCUGGUGGUUUGGAGAUUCAGCCAGUCAGCUUCGAGGAUUCAGGAGAGUACACCUGCAUCGCCUCCAACUCAGAGGGAACCAUCAACACCACUUCUAGCCUCGUCGUCUUGAGUCGUACAGUCAUCUCUGUGCCUCCAACAGACCAGCGAGUUAUCAAAGGAACCACUGCUGUCCUGGACUGCAACGCUACACACGACUCCAGAGUCAAUGUCAGCUUCAAGUGGGAUCGAGGUGGUGUCCUGGUCCUUCCGUCCAAUGGAGGGCGUGUGUCGGUGCGCCAGGGCUCCCUUACUAUUGGCCAGACGUGGUCAGGUGACAUUGGGGAUUACACCUGCACGGUGACAUCACAAGCAGGCAACGAUUCUCGUAUUGCACGCCUCGAAGUCAUUGAGCUGCCACACUCUCCUCGCUCCCUCACUGUCCGUCUCAAUGACUCUGACUCGUGCUCCGUCCUCCUGUCUUGGCUACGCCCCUUUGAUGGGAACUCCCCACUUCUCUACUAUUUGCUGGAGCUCUCUGAAAACAACUCCCCGUGGAAGGUUUACUUAUCAGAGGUCGAUCCUGCGGUGACUGAGAUAUCGGUGGGCGGGCUUACACCUGCCAGGACCUAUCAGUUCAGACUCUGUGCUGUCAAUCAAGUGGGCCGGGGUCAGUACAGCGCAGAGACACAGAGAUUGAUGCUGAGGGAGGAGGCACCCAGCGCCCCUCCAAAGAACAUCGUGGCAAGUGGGCGGACAAACCAGUCCAUCAUGGUUCAGUGGCAGCCCCCUCCAGAGCAGCAGCUCAACGGGGUCCUCCGAGGAUACGUGCUCAGGUACCGUCUGGCAGGGCUGCCAGGGGACUACCAGGAGAAGAACAUCAGCAGCCCAGAGACUAACUACUGUCUGCUGAAGGAACUGAUCAUCUGGACACAAUACCAGAUCCAGGUGGCUGCGUAUACUGGAGCGGGCCUGGGAGCCUACAGCAGUCCUGUUACAGAGUACACUCUUCAGGGAGUUCCCACAGCCCCUCCACAAGAAGUGGAAGUUGUAGCUAUCAACUCAACAACCAUCCGCUUCACCUGGAAUCCUCCACCUCAGCAGUUUAUUAAUGGCAUCAACCAGGGAUACAAGCUGAUGGUGUGGCCAGAGCAGUUUCCGGAGGACGUUACCGUGGUAACCAUCACACCAGAAUAUCCAGGUUCACGCCACACCGGAUUAGUCAGCGGACUGCAGAAAUUCACGUGGUACUACGGCUCCACCCUCUGCUUCACAACACCUGGAGAUGGCCCCCGCAGCCCACCUGCCCUGGUGCAGACACACCAGGACGCCCCUGGACCUGUUCGCCUACUGAGCUUCACUGAAAUCUUGGACACCUCACUCAGAGUCAGCUGGACAGAGCCUGAAGACAAGAAUGGCAUCAUUACUGGCUAUGUGUUGUGGUGGGAAGUAUCUGGCGUAGAGUCGAGUCGUGAGGAACAUUCCCUGUCCAACUCCACCCUGCAGUAUCAGCUGACCGGCCUCACCUCCACCACCGCAUACACAAUACAGGUGGCAGCACUCACCACUGCAGGAAGGGGCUUGGACACAUCUUCCACCAUCUCCACUGGAGUCCCACCAGAACUUCCUGGUGCACCGUCAAACUUAGUCAUCUCCAACAUCAGCCCUCGAACAGCAACAAUUCGGUUCCGCCCUGGUUCUGAUGGAAAGACCCCCAUAUCACAAUGGAUUGUAGAAGGCCAGGUGGUGAAGGAAGAGAGAAAGCCAGGUGUGUGGGGAGUUGUCUACCAGAAAGACAACCAGCCGGAUGCUGACACGCUGGAGAUCCCCAACCUCACUCCAUUUACACAAUACAGGUUCAGAAUGCGUCAGGUGAACAUAGUGGGCUCCAGUCCAAUGAGCGGCCCCUCCAGGCUCAUUCAAACCCUACAGGCUGCCCCUGACACCCAUCCCUCUAACCUCACCCUGCUGUCUUCAACGCAGACCAGCCUGCGCUUCAACUGGAAGCCUCUUCCAGCAUCAGAGUACAACAGCAGUCCAGAUACUGUGGGAUACCGGCUGCGUGUGAAGAGGACAGAUGGCCAGAGGGAGGACAGGACUGAGGACGUUGAGGGAGAAGGGCAAACCAGCGAGGCUACAAUAGGUGGCCUGGAUCCCUGGACCCAGUACCAGGUCCAGAUACAAGCGUACAACUCCAUUGGAUCUGGACCAUGGAGCAACAUUGUCGCCGCACAGACUGCAGAAUCUGUUCCAUCUGGGUCUCCAGUUAAUGUGACUGCUGAGGCUGUGAGCUCCACCAGGAUCCUUAUCACAUGGACUGCUCUCCCUCUGGCGCAAAAGAACGGGGUCAUACUUGGAUAUAAGGUGAUGUACUGUGAGAAGGACUUCGAAGGUCCUCCUAGUGUUCAGACGGCAGAAGGAGAGCGAACCUUGUCGCUCCUUCUCGGGGCUCUCCAAAAAUACACAAUGUAUUCACUGCAGGUGCUGGCUUACACACGGUUGGGUGACGGGCCACCCAGCAACCCAAUACUGCUCCGAACCAAAGAAGACGUCCCAGGCACUCCUGUCAGGAUGGUGUUUCCAGAGGUUCGAUUGUCAUCCGUUAGGGUGGUCUGGCAGCCACCCACAAACUCCAAUGGCAUUAUAUUAGGCUACCAGAUCUCGUACCGCCUGGACAGCAGGGACCCUCUGCGCUGGACCACAGUGGAGGUGGGUUCCAAUGCCAGACAGUUCACCGUCACAGGACUCUCCCCUGAGCAGACCUACGUGUUCCGGCUCACUGCUCGCACCGCCGUGGGCUGGGGGGAAGAACAGGAGGCUUUGGUUGUUACCACUGAACGGAGAGAGCGUCCACAGCCACCCAGAAAGUUAUCUGCUCCUCAGGAUGGAGUUGAAUCUCGCCGUCUCCGCCUCCAGUGGGUGACAGGUAGCUCAGGUUCCUCCCCCUUGAGGUACUUCACUCUGCAGGCCAAAGAGAUGCCCAAAGGGGACUGGAGCACACACACCGCUGACAUCCAGCACAACAUGACUAGCUGGACCGUAGAAAGGCUGAAGCCCUUUACAUCGUACAAGUUCCGGAUGCUGGCAACUAACGAUAUAGGAGACAGUGUCCUCAGCAAAGAGACGGAGGCUAUUACCACUCUGCAGGGCGUGCCUGAUGAACCUCCAGUGAUCCUUGAAGUGAAACCAACAACCACUACCUCAGUCCUGGUGCAGUGGAAGCGCCCCAGCAACGACAGUGUUAACGGGGUGUUGACGGGGUAUCGGCUGUAUUAUAGAGAGUUGUCAGUAAACACCUCCACCCUGGCUGAGGCGGAAGUCCAGAGAAUCAAAAGUAACACCACAAGUGCCCUCAUCACAACCAAGAGCACCUUCAAGACAGUCAGCAGUGCCUCCCUGACAGAGUUUGAGUUGACACAGCUGAAUAAGUUCAAACGCUACCAGAUUGUUAUGACAAGCUACAACAUCAUCGGAGAGAGCCCACCCUCCACUCCAGUUGAAGUAUCCGUGGGAGAGGCCGCUCCAUCGGUGGCCCCUCAGUCCAUCAGAGUUUCUGCUGUGUCUCCCUCGAUCCUGGAAGUGACCUGGGACACCCCCCCACUCGAAACCCAGAAUGGACUCAUCCAAGGCUACAAGAUCCACUACUGGGAGAGAGAAAAGCAGAACCAGAGCGAGAAGGUCAAAGUGAUUUUUGUCCCAGACACCCGUGUGCACCUCACUAACCUAACCAGCUACACACCUUACCUGGUCACUCUGACGGCCUUUAACACGGCUGGAGACGGCCCGCCCAGUGACCCCCGCGGGGCCCGCACCAUGCAGAGUGCUCCCAACCAGCCAAGCUUCCUCUCCUUCUCAGAGGUGACUGGAGUAAGUGUCAAUGUGUCCUGGGGGGCUCCUCUCACUCCUAAUGGACAACUGGAGGGCUACAGGGUCAACUACCAGCCUACUGCUCCUGUACAAGGAGUGAGUAAAGUUGUGACAGUGGAUGUGAGGGGCAGCUGGCAGCGCUGGCUGAAGGUUCGAGACCUGAUCAAAGGAACGACAUACACGUUCAGUGUUCAGGCUCUCACUGUCAGCUAUGGACCGCCCAUACAGGCGAACCUCACUGCUCAGCCUGUGCAAGGCUCUCCUGGCUCUCCAAUGGAAAUGUCCAUCACUAAGACAUCAUCUGAGCUCACCCUCCACUGGACAGAGGGAGAUAUGGGUGCAGCACAAAUCACUGGAUAUGUCGUCGAGGCUCGUCCCUCAGAUGAAGGAGUGUGGGAUUCCUUCAUCAGACUCCUCCCUCCCGGCAGCAGGUCUGUUUCAGUGCCUUUGGAGCGCCUGAGGUCGGGGAUCAGCUAUGAGUUCAGAGUCAUCGCUGUUAAUCGCUAUGGUUACGGACAGCCGAGUACACCCUCUACAGCUCUUGCUGCUCUGUCGGAGCGUCCAUUCUAUGAGGAGUGGUGGUUCCUGCUGGUCAUGGCUCUGGUUGGACUCAUCCUCAUUCUGGUCCUGGUCUUCAUGUUGCUGCUGCAUGGACACAGCACCAAGUACAAGGCCUGUGGGACAGCGAAGCACAUGUCCACAGCAGAGGAGUCAGUGACACUGGACAAUGGAGGGUUCACCGCUCUGGAGCUCAACAGCAGAACACUCAACACCAAGAACGCCUUCCUGAAAAAGAAUGGCACCAGGUCUCCUCCCAGGCCGAGUCCAGGAGUUCUUCACUACUCUGAUGAGGACAUUUGUAACAACUAUAACGGAGCCGUGCUGACGGAGAGCACCACACUCACUGAGAAACCCACUGAGGUCUCUGAGUCAGAGUUAACAGACAGCGACUAUGAGGACGAGCAGCCCAAGCACUCGUUUGUCAACCACUACAUGAGUGACCCCACCUACUACAACUCGUGGAAGCGGCAGCCCAAAGGCCUUAAAGCCGUUAGCAAUCCUUUUCCUUACGAGGAGUGUGCCACUGCAGACACAGAGCCCUACUACCAGACAGUGGUCACCCAGCACAGCACAGGUGGAGCAUACACACCCACAGGGCAGCCUGCACACACACAUGUCAACCCUAACACCAACCCGCCGGGAUCCCGCACGCCUGUGACGGGAUUCUCGUCCUUUGUUUGACUGUAGAGGCAUAAUCUGCACAAAUUUAAAUACAUAUGUACACAAAAUGAAGGAGGUGGGGGGGCAGUGUGUGUAUGAACAAGAGGAGAGGGAGCUUGCGGUGGGGGAGGACAAGAUGACGAGACGUGGGACGGACUGGUGACAAAAUGGCCCUCAAGGCCCCAAAGACUAAACCUACACUUCUCACUUGCCUUCUUUCCUUCUUCACCAAGAUCCUCACUGUGUUGUAGAGCGAAUGUGAGUCGCUCUCCUACUCUUUUAGGCCUCUGUGUCACUGUGCUCACACACACAAUUACUCUUAACACUCACCAGAAAUCAUGCCUGUUCCAGAGACUCACCAUGGAGAGCUAUAAAAACGUGGACUACUUCAGUCUUUUGUCGAAGAGAGAAUUCACCCUUGAGCAGGUGGAACCUAAAAUUACUGCACAACGCUUCAUCUUUUCUGUAUUCACAGUGAAGUGCACAAACUCACAGACACGCACUCAGGCCUUUCGGAAGAGAUGAACUUUAAGGAUGAGGAGGAUGGCGCAGAGGAGAGCAACUUUUGUUGACAGACUUGUUCUUGUGCACACACAGAGAUGUCAGCUUUAAAAUACCACCACACAGAGGAAAAGAAAAAAAAAAGAUAACAAUCAAUAAUCAGCAUAUUUGAACUUGAUCCUGGAUGGAGCACGAUUGAGGCAGGAGGGUUCUCACAGUUUAAGGCACUCUCAGUGAGAGUGGUUUCUGAAAGCAAUGUGAUAUUUAAGGUAGAAAUAUAUGAAAAACAAGUUUUUUUACUGUCUACUGCCUGUUGUCAGCGUCACUUAAUCCACGGCCUCCCAAGCCAUAAAACUUGCACUGAGCCCAACCCCACACAUUUCAUCUCGAUCCUGUCCAAGUUUAAUUUUUUAAUAGUUUGAGUGUCUGUUUGAGUCCGACACGUGUUCUUCUCUCUAUUCUUCACUGCAAAGAAAAGCGUGCCAUUGUAUGUCAGUUUGUAUUUUUAAGAUUGAUUUUGUACAGGGAAACCCUUUUUACGUGUGUGCUGUUGUGGUUAGUUGGACCAUGUUUUUGUAAUUCAAAGGAAAUGUUAGGAAAACAGCACUGGAGGAAGUCUUCAGCUACACUGACUGACAAGAGGGGAAAGAUGAAGAGAGGAUUGUUAAACAUUAAUCAUCAGCAGCAGCAGUGAAGUGAUUGUGAAGCAGCAUAACAAGAUAUUUUUCAGAAUCAUUCUUGUUUCAACUGAGUGUGAGUGAACUUUUAACCAUAGAGCCCUUUUGUCUGCAACCAGGCCGACACGUGUACUUUGUACCUCUCUUCAAGUGCACACUAAAGUCAUUGUACGUUUUUUUUCUCAUGUAUAAUUUAAAGAUUCUCCUUCCUCACUCUGUCAAGCUUUUUUUGAGUUUCAUACAGUGAGUGAAUAAAUGGUCAUUGUUUAA